AUGACGGAGAUGUACUCUGGGCUCCAUGUGAGCCAGCGAUUCUCCUCUCUGGAAGAGUUCAAAUCGGCAGUCCGCAGCAUAUCCGUGAGGCAACACUGGGAGCUUCGUGUCACUCGAAGCAACAAGAAAAGUGUAGUUAUCGGGUGCCGCUCCUCGGCAAAUUGCUUCUUUCGAGUCGUCUGUCGUUCGAACAAGAAUGCAACCUACAUCACCAGCCUCCAGGACAGCCAUAGUUGCCGUCGUAGUGCAGACUCCCCAUCAGCUACACCAGCUCGGUCUGAGGCCUCCCAUGUGCGUUUCUUGCUGGGAGAGAUUCCGAAGCUUUUCGACAUGAAGUCAAAGAUCAAGGCUCAGGAUGUCGUGGAUGCCGUGAAACGCUACCACGGUUAUGAUAUCUCCAUGCGCCAGGCACAGCGAGCACUCACCAAAGUUCAGCCUCGACACGCCGAAGGCCAACUUGAUCAAGAACUCGAUCUUGAUUUGAGCGCAGGAGAGCAGCAAUCGCCUGAGCAAUCACCAGAGUCACAUAGGGAUGCGACGAACGCCUUCGAGGAUAUACCAGAGCACCGAUGGCUUCCUGAUCAUCUUCCAUCCUCCUUGAUUGACGACGAUAAUUUGCCUCCAAGCGAGCCUCCAAGCAAUCGCAUGCCCAUAUCAUCUAAUUCUCAAACCCUGCCCACCCAAGUACAACAACCACUGCCAACAAACCCACCUCUCGCUCUCCCCUCGCACCAAAUGACCAUGCCACAACCAGGAUCCGAGUACCAAAACGCCGCCACUAUGCCAGUAGCGGGCGAGCCUCCCAAAGCCCACAACUACCCCCGUGACGACCAAACUGAUAUUCCCCAAAUGGUUCUGACCAAUUUCAAGAUUGAAUUUACAUGCACAACUUGUGGGUCAUUGAACCAGAGCUUCUUCCCAAACCAAGGCAAUGCCACUGGCGCCACCUAUAUGAACAAUGCUAUACCGAACCCUAGUAACGUUGCAAGGCACCCAGGCCCCCCCAAUGGCGUGGGUAGCAGCAAUGUAGUCGGCGAAAACUCUACUUACGAUAGCAAUCCACCAAACACGGCUUCAAUUCAACAUGCCUGGCCUGGUGGUGGUCUCGGGGUGCCAAUUGGACCAGCACAUACUUAG